AUGUUAACACGCUUUACUAACAUCAUAAAUGAGUUGGUUUCCCUUGGUAGACAGAUUCCUACAGAUAAGCAAGUUAGGAAGGUUCUUAGAAGUCUUCCACAAGAUGAGAGAUGGAGAGCUAAGGUGACAGCCCUUCAGGAAACGAAGGUCUUUAAAAAUUUCAAUAUUGAACAACUAGCAGGUUCUCUCAUGACUCAUGAGCUACACCUUGGAUUCAAUAAUGAACCCACGAGGAUUAAGGGACUGGCUCUUAAGGCUGAUGAGGAGGAGGACUCAAAAGUGGACGAGGAUGAGGCUGCCCUAAUUAUCACUUUAUCAGAGACUGUCCCCUUUGGGAAAAUGAUAAAGGGAAAGGAAAGGCUAAGGAACAGGGAAGAGAAAAAUUCAGCAAAGCACUCUAUCAAAGUCAGACAUAAGGAAGCCAAUGAUAACAGCCUGGGAGACUCAGAAAGUGAAGAAGAAGAUGAUGACCAACCAGAACAGGAGACGGCCAAUCUUUAUAUAUGUCUAGAAAAAGAAGAAUUCUUUAGAGAUACAUGUGUGAAGUUGAAUAAAUGUGAAAAACCUCUUAAGGUUUGCAAAGAACAUGGUGCUUGGUUGGAAACAGCUUAUGCCAAUUCUAGCAGUUCCUCAAGAGAUCAGUUGCUUAAAUUCAAUGUUGAUUCUGAAAAUUUGAAAAAUGAGCUUUCUACUUUAAAAACCCAAAAGGAUCAACUUGAAUCAGAACUGAAUGCUAGAAAGGAUAGAAGUAUUGACCCAAAAGUCAUACCUGAGUGGAUAGCUGAAGCUCAAGGAAAAAGAACUGAAGGCCUUGGUUAUAUGACCAAGAGGAAAGGUAAGCAAAAGAAAUAUGUUGAGCUUCCUAGCAUGAAGGUAUGCACUUUUUGUGGUAAGACUGGACAUCUCUAUGGAUAUUGUAGGAUAAGAGAAGAAGCUGAUAAAAGAAAUGUCCUAGUGAGGGGGAACAACUCGUGGUAUCUCGACAACGGUUGUUCAAAGCAUAUGACAGGUUAUAAAUCAAAAUUCCUCUCACUAGAAGACUACCCUGGAGGAACAGUAACCUUUGGGGAUAAUAAGAAGGGCGAGAUCAUUGGAAAAUGCAAAAUUGGAAGAUCUAAAUCUCAUUCCAUUGAUAAUGUGUUCCUGGUCGAGGGCCUAAUGCACAAUUUACUCAGUAUAUCACAAUUCUGUGAUAAAGGAAACUAUGUAAGUUUUACUUAUGACUCUUGCAACAUCAUCAACAACAAGUCAGGAAAGCAUAAACGUUUUGGACAUGCUAGCUUUUCAUUACUAGACAAACUGAGGUCGAGGAACUUGGCUGUGGGACUUCCUAUUAUCAAGUUCCUACAGAACAAAGUUUGUGAUGCAUGUGUGAAAGGCAAGCAUGUUCAUUCAUCUUUUAAAUUGAAGAAAAUGGUUGGCAAGAAGUAUGUGUUGGUUAUUGUUGAUGAUUAUUCUAUAUUCACUUGGGUUAUUUUUCCUGCUAGUAAAGAUGAAACUUUUAAUGAGGAAAAUGGCAUGAAUCAUAACUUCUCAGCUCCAAGGACUCCCCAACAGAAUGGAGUUGGAAGGAAGCAAAGCAUAUCUCAUCUUAGAGCCUUUAGUUGUAAGUGCUUUGUAAAUAAUAAUGGUAAGAAAAACCUAGGGAAAUGUGAUGAAAGAAGUGAAGAGGCUAUAUUUAUAGGAUAUGCCUCUGAUAGCAAAGCUUAUAGAGUUUACAAUAAAAGCUCAAUGUGUGUUAAGGAAAGCAUUCAUAUAAUCUUUGAUGAGGUUAACCAGUUUGUGAGUGUACAGGAACAAGAAGAUGAUAAUGAUUUUGAAAUUGGAUUGAUAAGAGACAGGGAUGAAGAAGAGAAUCAAAAGCAAACUAAGGAAAAGCAGCCUUCUCCAGAAGAGAAUCAUCAAGAAAAUGGAGAAGUUCCUCAACCCGACGAACAGGUAAAUGAGGAACAAGUAGAAGAAGUAGGAGGAACAGAAACAGAAGCUCCUCAAAUUGGAGUUCCAGAUAGGGAAUUUCAACCCAGGCCAUUCAAGUAUCAAGGUUCCCAUCCAACUGAUCUCAUUAUCAGUGAUAUAGGAAAAGGAACUCAAACAAUAUCACAAAUGAGGAACUACUGUGCAUUCCAUACUUUUCUGUCCAUCCUAGAGCCAAGAAAUCAUCAAGAAGCCUUAAGAGAUGCUGAUUGGAUAGUUGUCAUGCAAGAGGAACUCAAUGAGUUCGAAAGGAACAAAGUCUGGCACCUUGAGCCAAAUCCUAAGGGAAAGAAAGUUAUCGGGCUCAAAUGGGUGUUCAGGAACAAGCUUGAUUAA